GUUCGCGCAGUGCCAUCGUUAGAUGUCAUCUCUAAUGGCAACUGAAACAUAGGAAACAGUGAACAAAAUUUUAACAAAACAAAUAGGUUUAGCUUCCUUCUGACUAGAUUUCCCCACAUUUCGAGGUCCCAACCAAAAUUUCCCGUAGAAAAUCACCAAUGGAUGCGACUAGGACCAUGGAGCAGCUGCUGGCGGCCGUGGAGCUAGGCCAGAGCCUCAGUGAGGCCACCACGCCCACGGCGACGACCACCAUAUCGAUUUGGAGCACCCCCUCCGAGGGCAGUGGCUCCAGUUCUGUGGACCCCGCCUCCUUCCGGUUCCGGCUGGAUGGCCAGAACAUAUUGCCACCGCUGAUGACGAGCGCCAAGAGACAUGAGGUGCAGCUGGCCCGCCAGAUGGCUUUGAAGCUGGAGGAGCGCUACCGCCUGGCCAGAAACUCAGCGGGAUCCGACAUGACCGGUCGGAGGAGUCUGUCCCAGCUGCAGCAGACGGAGACCUUCAUCUACGACAGCACACAAAGGCAGGCGGCACGUCCUCAAUCGCUGACCCUGAACAGACAGCUGCCCACCAUACAGGUGGAUCCUCCCACGCCCCAGCCGCCGGUAGAGCCAGUGGAGAAUGUGUCCCCCAGGCGUCAUAAUCGCAUCACCGAUCGCAUCCUGCAGUUCGAGCAGUCGGGACUGGGAAGACUAUUGCCCAAAGUGCAGGACAAGAGGAUAUUGCGCUCCAGUACCAGUCCUUCGAUCGCUGCUGCCACGGAUCAACCGCUGGAGUUGAGGGAAAAGGCACAGCUUAGCACUCCACCAAAGCCAGAGGAAGCGGGCUUUCAACGCUCCAGGAGCUUCACACUGGAGGAGCCCUCUCAGGUGCUCGUAGAGCACAUGCAGCGGGAAGCCCUGGCGGUUAGGCCCAGCCAUAGUUUGGCCAACUUCCAGAGACAGACCAUUGAGUCGCAGGCCAAGCGGGUGAAUCGCAGUCCCAAGAGCAGCAGCAGCACCACCACCACCACGGCAACCACAGCAAGCACACCUACCGCACUAGCCACCACCAGCAGCUGCUCCAGAAGAGAUCGCGAAGUGGAGCGCAUAAUAGAAAGGGCACUGGGCGAGCAUUGUCUCCUGGAGGCAAGCCGGAGGGCGGGCGUGCGCAACUAUCUGCGUGGCCAUCGGGAGCGGAUGAAUCAGUUGGUGCAAUACCAGGAGGAGGAGCGUCGUCGCAUGCAAUCGCAGUUUGAUCUUCAGCAGCGCCAGCUCAUCGAGGAACUGUGUGCCGAAAUCGAUGAUUCCUCGAGCACCGAAAAUCCCGAUGGACUGGUGUCGGAGGGUACGUUGGGCCACCAUCAAGGCACGCCCACGCCCACGCCCACGAUGUCGCUUUCUUUGAGUGACACGCCCCGCACUUUCCAAGAGCUAGAUGACUUCCUUCCAAAGGAGGACAGCUGCCAGAUGCCGAGGGCUCCGUCCUCCGCUCGAAAGAGGUUGUUUAGUCCAAAACACUCGCUGGGCUACGAAUCGGAACCCCAGCAGCUGGGUGCAGGAAGUGCGCUCAGCACACCGCGCUCGUUGCCACUGCGGAACAGCAGUUUAACUAACAGCCGGCGAAGCGGGCAACCAGUGAGAAGGCGUUCGCAAACUGUGGGCAGUAGUCCGAGGAAAUUGAACGGUGGUGCUGCAGGACGCGAGGUGAUCAAAGCACCAGCGCAGGCUGGAGUUGGGGGAGGGCGACCGAAAAGUUCACCGGGUAGUGGGAGCUCUACAAUACCGAAAAGGGGCAGCACACCAGCAAGGAGCACCUCGCCAACCAAGCAACCGAGCAACUCGCCAACCAAGCGUAUGAGCAAUAAUCUUAGCAAUCUGGAGCAGGAGGAGCGCCAGUGGGCGGCCUCGCGAAUAAAUGCCGGUGUGCGUGGAUUCUUGGUCCGACGUCUCUUUGCAACCGAGCAGGUGCAGCGGAUUGUCCAGACCAUCAGGGACACCCUGAUCUUUGUGCUCAACCUACAUUUGGAAACCUGCGGCCAUGGCCUAAAUGCAGAGGAGCCCGCUAAUCUGCGCCUCAAGGCGCGAUUGCUUCAACAGCUCUGCUCGGCCAGCCGCACGCUGCACCAUCUUUUCCAAACGAGCACCAAGGAGCGCAUGGAGAUCAUCGCUCGGGAUCGCAAGCGGAUAAAAACCAAGCUGAUUUUAAAACACCGUUGAUCCGUUUCGGAUUUCGUGGGCUAUACUUGAGAAAAGGAACCGAUAAACGAACAUUCCCUGCCUUAUAUGUACAAGCACCUAUUAAACUUAAAAUAACAUGAA